UAAUUUCAGAAUCAGAAGAAAAGGUGAGAAAAAAUGAGUUAAUCUUCUUUAUAUUAAUCGUUUUUUAUAUUAGAAUACAUUACCACUUUAGAAGGCCAAGUUAGUGAUCAAAAAAAGAAAACCGAAGAGUUGAUGCAUAGAUUAAAUAUCGUUGAAGAAGAAAACGAACAACUGAAGCUUCAGAUUGAUUCUUUAAAACAUCAAAACCAUCAACUCAUGAACAAAGAUAUCAGUAUGCUUGGCUCAAAAUCCACAGAUACUUAUCGUCAAGACACUUCUAUUCUUGUUUCCUAAAACAAGCUUAUGGUUUAUUAUUACACAACAGUGUAACCCCUUAUUUUUUUUUUCAACAUGUAAAUACACAUUGCAAGAGAUAUAUACACACACAUACAAUAAAUAUAAUGCCCCCCCUUUUUUUUAUAAGCAAAAUAACUCUUUGUUAUAUUAGUUUGU